AUGGGGAGGGAGAAAGAUUCAGGAGAGGAGGGUCUUGGAAAAGAAUGGAUUCUCUGGAGACCAGCAGGGGGAGGAGAGAGGGAAAGAUGCACCGUUAUUUUUCUUUACCUGUGCUUGUUUGUGCAGUUGGGAGGAUGUGGUUUAUUUGGUGUUGGGGUGUGGCUCGGCUUUACACAGUCAGAGUUUUCAUCUCUACCACUGUCCUUCCCUUCACUCUCCGCGGCCAACCUACUGCUUGUUGCUGGAGGCGUCACCAUGGUAACAGGGUUCCUCGGAUGCCUUGGUGCUCUGAAAGAGCAGAAGUGUCUAUUGAUGACGUUUUUUGUGAUCCUCUUGUUUCUAGUCCUGACAGAAGUGGCACUGACUUUGGUUUUGAGUGUGUAUCAUGAAGAGUUGGACAAGAAAGCCAAGGAUGACCUAAGAGAGGGAAUGAAAGACUAUCUCACAAAUGAGGGGCUAAAAAAAUCCUGGGACAACAUGCAGAGAAUUUUCAAGUGCUGUGGUGUGAGCAACCACACUGACUGGCACAACAAAACGUCCAGUGGCAAACCUCCUGAAUCCUGCUGCAGAGAUAAUACUGAACGCUGCCAUCACUGGGAAGAGCCGUGCUAUGAGAAGGCCAAAGACUGGCUUUUGGCUAACAUCACCUCAGUGCUUGGGUUUGGAGUUUGCAUUGGAAUCGUUCAGAUUCUUGCUUUGGUGUUCUCCAUGCUGAUGUACUGCCAAAUCCUACAUGUAGAAAAAUACAUGGACUGACCCUACCUUCGCCCCAUUGUGCCAGGGGCUCUUUAAAACAUAAUUCCCAAUAUGUAAUAAAUGUUUAAAUGGGCUUGCCUAUUAGAGAUACUGGACGUGAUAUGCAUGUGCACAUAAAUUAUGCAGUUGCACUUAGGAAGAAGCUCAGAUGAAUUUCAGAUAAAUGAAUUGACCAGGUAAAUGCCUAAAUAAUUCAUCUGUGCUUAAGAAAAGAUGCUUAAAUGAAGAUAAAGUGAAUGUAUACAGCAGGUGGAAAAGUAAAUCCUAGUAUCAUUGCACUCUUUGUUAAAUACCCUUAUAACGGCUUGCAAUGAACU